GUCAAACCCUUUUUCAGCUCGUAUCUUUGAGCUUUGAAAUAUCUCUUUUAAAAUAUCUUCGAUGUGUUUCUUCUGUUGAAUCUGAUGAUGAACUUCCGAAGAUGCAUAUGUACAUGCAGAUUCAGGAAUCCACUGUUUUUGUUUCUUUUGUUUGAGAUUUUUCCAAGCUAGAAAACGAGAAAUUUCCAGAUUCUCUCCAUGAUUUUGGCAGGAGCGAUGGAUCAGUGUUUGAUUUCAUGAAUCUGGGGUUGGGAUUUACUAUGAAUACACUGUAACAGUUCUUGAGAUGUUUUUUUGGGGAGAAGAAUCCGUAAAUUCAAAUCUCGAAAUCUAGGGUUUGGAGGUGUUACGUGAAGCUUUUAUCUUUUACCGUGCACAAACAUAUAGAUAUACCUUACUGGUUUGGGUACAGUAUUUACUCCCUUGAUUUCUUGCUCAUCUCUCAAUUCAUUGCUGUUUUGGGCUGAAGAUUUUGCUUGGCUUUUCUGUCUUCACUGCAAGUUUUGAGCCACAUGAUUGAACAGUGAUUUCCAAGUCUCUUUACUGUACACUUGUCUGAUGAGAAACAUAGUUCACCUCAAUUAAAUGCUCUCUCCUCUUUCUCUUUCUCUUUCUUGCUUCAGACUCGGAUUUCUCACAGUUUUCCCCUCUGCUUUUGUCCACAUUUCACUGGGUCUUAGAUUACUUUUACUGAAAUUACUACUCUCUCUCUCUCUCUCUCUCUCUCUCUCUAGAAUAUGAUUGAUGAAAAUAGCUUGGUGCGCGGUUGCAAUAAGUAUUGAGUAUGACCUAAUUAGAGAGUGAAAUUGCUGGUGGAUAUGAACAGCUAUAGGCCUGAUCUCCACAUCGCGCAGCAAAGCCGUCGAGACAAGUUGAGAAUUCAGCAAGAUAUUUACGCCAACAAUUUCCCACACGAUGCCUUAAACUUCGACUCCUCCGCCGACGUCCGUAGCUGUCGGAACGGGAACAUAUGCUACGAUCCGUCGGAGCUCUGCCCGGAGAUGAUCAAUUUCUCUGUGAACCCACUGCUCAAGGACGGCUUGAUGGGGGCCGAGAAACGGGCCCCCUUUCCGACGUCGUUUAGCCCUUCAGCCACUGUGAGUAGCAGUGACCCACAAUACUUUAGCACAUGCGAUUGGGUGGCUAACCACUCCUCAAUUUAUGCUAAUCCUAUUUCAGCAUUAGAUGUUAAGCCUAAUUAUCUAGGAUAUGAUCAAGACAUGAAUGGCGCCGCUUCCUCACUUUACCAGAAUGCGUUGCAAGACCUCGUUACCUCGUCCAAUAAUGUCCGCUCCUUCGGCCUCGAAUUCGCCUCCCUCCGCCACAAGAGCUCGGGGGAGGCCGGCCAUGGACCUUGGGUGGUUGGUGGGAGUGAGCUUAUGCUUCUUCCCGAUCAAAUGCGCCUCAAGACCCAAUCUGGCUUGAUUACUAGGCCUGUGGAUGGCUGCAGCCAAUGGAGCGGCGAGCUCGAAUUCGCCGCUCCAAAGGAUCUCGACAGAGAUCAUUCCAACACUCAAGCACUCUCACUGUCGCUCUCGUCGGUUCCAUCGCCCAAAGUCCACGAAGCUCAGAUUACUGAGAGAGAUUUUCAGACUCGAGAUGUCUGUGGGAGUACUAAUGUUCAAGAUUCAAGAAUUUGGAAGCCCGAGUUGCCGUCUCCGAAUCAAAAUAUGUCAGCGGGUAGUAGAGUUUUAGGGGCACAAGCUUCGACUCAUCGGAACCCCGGCCCGUUGGGCCCGUUCACCGGAUACGCAACCAUUCUCCGGAGCUCGAGGUUUUUAAGGCCGGCGCAGCAGCUGUUGGAGGAUCUUUGCUGCAUUGCCGGCACUAAAGAGGUCGAAGCCUGUGAUGUCUCUGACGAGAUUAUGGAGGAGGUUAGGGUUUCCAGUGAAGGCGCUAGUAAUAAUGCUGAACAUGCCAUGGCCGGUAACAACUCCGGCGGCUUGUCCUCGUUCGUGUACAAUGGUUCUAGCGAUAAGAGCCGGGAUGCCGGGGGUACGAGCUGCUCGACGGAUGCUCAUCGGCCGGAGAAUCUUCAGAGGAAGGCGAAGCUGUUGUUUAUGCAGGAUGAGGUUUGCAAAAGGUAUAAACAGUAUCAUCAGCAGAUGCAAAUGGUGGUUUCAUCAUUUGAGUCUGUGGCCGGCCUCAGCGCUGCCACUCCUUACGUGUCGUUAGCCCUGAAGAUGAUUGCCAAGCAUUUCCGGUGUUUGAAGAACACGAUAACGGAUCAGCUCAAGAGCAUAAAAAACGCCCUGAGGGACGAAUUUUCGUCCCCGUCUGCUGGGGCAGGCGGCAACAAGGGUGAUGCUAAUGCUUCGGUGUUGAAGUUUUUCGACCAAGGCUUCCAAAAGCAGAAAGGGACUGGCAUUCUUGAAGGCCAGCAUAUCUGGAGGCCUCAGCGUGGUCUACCGGAACGCGCCGUCUCUAUUUUGAGAGCGUGGUUGUUCGAUCAUUUUCUUCAUCCGUAUCCUACAGACACAGACAAGCAUAUGCUGGCCACGCAGACCGGCCUAACUCGAAAUCAGGUAUCUAACUGGUUUAUCAAUGCUCGUGUUCGUGUAUGGAAGCCGAUGGUCGAAGAGAUACACAUGCUCGAAACCAAAGGGUCUGAUAAUUCUGGCAAAAGCAGUAACGGCAAAACUGCGGAUGGAGGUUGUGCCCAAGCCGACGACAGCAGCCAAAGGCUGAGAACGCGUGCGAUCCCAGACAAGCAGGUCGAAUGCUCGAGUUUUGUCCCUCCCGGGCAAGAGGGGGAUAGGUCGAAGGCGAGCCCAUGGGGUCAAGAAAAGCGUUCAAGAAUCGAGUACCACGUCCCAAGCAGUGUUGAUGGGACGUUGAUGGGGUUUGUGCCGUCUCACCGGAAUGGUAUGGAGAUGGGCGGGAUAGGGUCGGUGUCUCUGACUUUGGGUCUCCGGCAAAGCCCCGAGGGCGGUCAGCGGCCUGCAAUGCAGCAGGAGAGGCAUAUGAGGCAUUACGGAGGUCAGAUCAUUCGGGACUUUGUUGGCUGAUGAUUUUUAUGUAGACUUUGGAGAAAUUAAGGUAGAAAUAAAUUACUAUUUGAAAGGAAAAAAUUUAAAGAAGGUGGUGAGAUUGGGAAGGAAGGUUUAGGAAAAUGGAAAGUUCCAAAAGCAAAAUACCUCUCAUAAUUCUCCAGAAAUGUAAGAUAAAGGGACAUUUCAACGUAGUGGCAGUGUUUUGUAUUGGAAAACAGUUUCUCUUUCUCUCGGCUAAUAUAUUGCGGGAUUUCUGCCA